AUGUCAACGUCAACGUCAACAUCGCCAACAACAACUACAGCAACAGCAGCAGCUACAAUUACUCCAAAUCUACCGUCGUUCGUCUGUGAUUCAGCAAAUUAUAUGUUGCUACCAAGUGCAGUUGCUGUUGCAGCUGUUGCUGCAAAUAAGGAAGUUCAAUUACAAACUUAUGAAUAUCUAAGUAAGCACCAUCGCACAGCUGUAUCCGCCGCCGUUGCCGUUGCUGCAGCAGCUGCUGUAGCCAAAAGUGGGAAGUGUACUAAAUCCAAUGAGGAGUAUGCGAACGUUAUGAAUACAACCAAUCCGCCGACAACAAAAACAGCAAAUACUUUAGCUGCGGCAGCUGCUGCAGUUACUGUCUACGAUGUACACCCGCAACAACAAUCAAUUAAUCCAACUAUAUAUCAUACACCUAAAAAUUUGUUUAUAGCUAAUAAUAUGAAACCACGACCACGACGUGAGACUACCUAA